GAGGGUGCAGGGCUGGGAGGUAAGCCAGGGCCACCAGAAAGCAGGAGGGUGAGCUCAUGGCAAAGCUGCCCCAGUCAUGUGGAGCAGCCACAGCUGUUGGUGCCCUUGGGCUGCGGGACGGAGGGGCCAGCGGCAUAAAGCCCCGUGGCCAGCAGAGCCACCAGCAGCACCGGGAGCCGGGGCCAGGCACUCCUUGCCGGCGGUGGCGAGGAGGAGAGGCUGCAUCCUGUGCGGCGCUGUGCACUGCUGGCAGACAUGGAGCUGGAUGUGCAACGGGCCAAAGAGCUCAUCGAGCAGAAGCUGGCAGAGGAAGAGGAGGAGGAGAAGCUACUCAAACGGGAUGGUGCACUGGAGCCGCCAGCCGUGGAGCGGAUGAGCACACCAGAGCUGGAGCAGGAGAAACGCUGUGGCCCCAGGAACAGGGGCCUCGAGGCCGUCAAGGGCCAGGAGCGGGUGCGGAAGAGCUCGGUGGACCUGCGGCGGGAGAUCAUUGACGUGGGGAGUAUCCAGCACCUCAUCGAGCUCCGCAAGCAGCGCCGACAGCGACGUGAGGAGCGGGCGGCCACCCCUGAGCCCCCCCCACCACCUGAGCCUCUGGAGACUGAGGGUCCCGUGGAACCAGAGACCUUCCUGCGAGCUGCUGUCCAGGGCAAGAUGCACAUCAUUGAGAAGUUUCUGGCAGAUGGUGGCCCCCCUGACACGUGUGACGAGUUCCAUCGCACCGCCCUGCACCGCUCCUCGCUGGAGGGACACACAGACAUCCUGCAGAAGCUGCUGGACAGCGGGGCCACCGUGGACUUCAGGGACCGGCUGGAUUGCACUGCCGUGCACUGGGCCUGCCGGGGCGGGCACCUGGAUGCUGUCAAGCUGCUGCAGGACCACGGGGCAGACCUCAACCUGAAGGACAAGCUGCUCAGCACUCCCCUCCACGUGGCCACCCGGACUGGGCACCCUGACAUUGUGGAGCACCUCAUCCACUCUGGGGUGGACAUCAACUCCCCAGACAGGGAAGGUGACACACCGUUGCAUGACGCCACACGGCUCAGCCGCUACAAGAUCAUCAAAAUGCUGAUCCUGCAUGGGGCUGACAUGAUGGCCAAGAACCAGGCUGGCAAGACCCCGACGGACCUGGUGCAGCAGUGGCAGGUGGACACACGCCAGGCACUGGAGACCAAAGAGCAGCCGCAGGGGCAGACAGAGGUUCCCGCAUGACAGUGCCAAGCAGAGACCAGGGACCGGGCUUGGCUCCAAGGAGCUGGAUCCAGCCGAGACUUAUUCAUGUCAAUAAAAGCCAGCG